AUGAGGAGAUUGAGGAAACGUCUGUCUGCUCCAGGGGGAAGCCAUUAGAAGAUGCUGCCCUGUAUUUGUUAUUCUCAUCUCUUUUUGCCUGGCUGAAACACCGUGUGCAAAUGAGGCUUGUUUGUGAACUAGAGGUGAUUGCAUUAGGGCAGUGUCGCUUCCUUCGAUGCUUUAAAGUGGGUGAAAAAGAUCUGGCUGUCUCUUCACUAGACUGAUAAACAGGGUAUGAUUUACAGGCAGCCUCCCCCUUUGGUUUCUGUUAUGGAUGUGGAUAAGAGGAUGGCAACACCUGUUCUUAAUCUGAGCUAAAUCCUGCAACAAAGAACCCAAGGACAAUUUAUUUUUGCUCGAUAAGCAAUCUAGAAGGGAAAAAAUCCACUUGACAAUUUCCUUCUUUUUUUCUUUCCUCCGUGCACUACGGGAAUCUGGAAGACCUAAAGCUUUCAUACAAUGUGUUGCAUGGAAAGGUUGAUUUGAAAAGUGUUUCUGAGCAGUCAGCACAUUUAUGAUACUGGGGAAGAGAAUCCUUCAAACUGUGCAGUGGUCGACAGGAAAGAAGAAAGGCUUUCUCUAAAAGUUAAUUAGUCAUUGCAAAUGUAGCAGAUACAGGUCUUUUAGCUGUUUUCCUAUCUCAGCAUAUGUGGGACGAGCUACUCCCCUUAUCAUCUGCUUUCUGAAGGAAGAUGACUUCUAAGCAGGAAGAUGCUGCCUUAGCCAAUUUUCUCCAGUUCAUUGAAGAUAAGGGACUGAGGGCUUAUGAUGCUUUGGUGAUUCAGAAUGCUUCAGACAUUGCUCGUGAAAAUGAUCGCAUGCGGAAUGAAACAAAUUUGGCUUACCUCAAGGAAAAAAGUGAGAGAAGGAGAAGGCAAGAGGAAGCAAUAAAGAGGCUAGGCGGAGACGUAGGAAAAGGAGGUGAGGGCACCUGCAUGGGAAAACACUUCCGAAUGGGAUUCAUGACACUGCCUGCUCCUCAAGACCGUCUGCCACAUCCUUGUGCCAGCGGCUUUUCGGUGAGGUCGCAGUCACUUCAUUCGGUCGGGGGCAGCGAUGAUGAAAGUCACGCCUGCGUGCGCAAGCAACCGCCUCCAAAGCCCAAACGGGCUCCCAGCACCAAGCUGAGCAUCUCGGCGGAAACCGUGAACGCUGGCUUAGUGGGAGCACCAGGGCCGGGAGGAGCACCCGUUGGCACAGGAUGGCCGCUGGGAGCAGAGGGGGCGCCAGAGACAGCAGGGACGUCUGGGAUGGACGGGACCUCGGGAUCAGGAGGAAUAGCAGCAGCAGCAGCUGGAAUCGGAGGGACGCCUGCAGCAAUGGGAACAACACUGAAAGAGCUUGAAAAAAAUGCAAUGUCAACAAAACCCAGACCCCACAGCGAUGAAUAUGGCAAGAAGAUACCACCUCCUAAACCAAGGCGUGACCCAAACACACAGCUCAGCACAUCCUUUGAUGAAACGUAUGGCACAAAGCACAGUAGUCGAAAGGCAACCACUGGAGCAAGCAGAGAGAGUGCUUCUGGACAAGUCUUUAGUCCAACUAGGAGUACUGAGGAAGAAGAGCCUGUCUACAUCGAAAUGGUUGGAAAUAUAUUACGCGAUAUUAAAAAGGAAGAUGACGAUCAAAGUGAGGCAGUAUAUGAGGAAAUGAAGUAUCCAUUAUUUGAUGAGGUGGUCCAAGACUUCAAAUGGGGCAGUCCAGGUCAUAUAGACCCUCAUUCUCAGUGUCCUACUCCAACUGUGCCUGAAGUGGAUAUUACAAAGUCUUCAACCCCAUCAAAUCCAAAGGGCUUAUUUUGUGAGAUUCCACCUCCAUUCCCAAAUCUGCUCCCUCAUCGCCCCCCUCUAUUAGUGUUCCCGCCAGCUCCAAGCCAAUGCUCACCAGCUUCUGACGAAUCUCCUUUAACUCCUCUUGAAGUCAUAAAGCUCCCAGUGCUGGAAACAAGCAUAUCUUAUAUCAAGCAAACUGGUGCUUCCCCAUCAUCUCUCCCUGCUCAGUCUUCCGGAUACCAGAAAGUAGAAAAAGACUUACCAUCUUCUCAUGGAGUAAGUGCAACUGGAAGGCCCCCCUCCCCACCACUUCCAUCAACUCUUUAUAGGACGCCAUCACCUCAUGGUCUUCAAUCUCAUUUUAGUCACUCAAUAACCCCAUCUCCUGUCACUAUGGGGCGGUCCAUGACUCCAUUAGGCCUAAAAAGACCCCCACCCUAUGAGUCUAUACAUCCAACACCAAGAUGCUCUUCCGCAGUGCCUCAGUCCACAGUGAAAACCCCAGUACAGGAAGGAGGAAAGACGGGAAAUAUCUCUUCUUCCCAAGGAUCUGCGCAUAGUGGGUCACGCUCCAGAACGCCAACCAGUCCCUUGGAAGAACUCAGCUGCCUCUUUACCUCAGGAAGGAGUCUAUUGAGGAAAUCAGCCAGUGGAAGGAAAUCCAAGGAGCCAAUGGAAAAACCAGGAGAGGACCAAAAGGGGCGGAGCGCCAGCACUGAACCAUUGCCAAAGGCGGAAAGCCGAGAGAAAGGGGCUCAUGGUGCUUCAGGAGAACCAAUCAAAUCUCAGGAAUGGGAUGGUAGCCCUGGACCACCAGCACCAGUGAGCAGUCGAAUGGGAAGGUCCUCAGUUAGCCCAACUCUGUUAGCAGGGCACAACAGUUCAGACACCAUACGUCAAGAGUCAAAGACGAGCUGUAAGCUGGGCCGAUCUGCUUCAACUUCAGGUGUGCCUCCUCCGUCAGUCAGCCCUCUCAGGCAGUCCGGCGAGCUGCAACAGAGCCAGGUCUUUGGAGCAACUGCAAGAGGAUCAGAAGAUGACCAGGCAUUGUAUCAACAGUGGUUCUAUGGAGACAACACAAUACUUGAAAUGAUUGAGAAGAAGCGCAGUUUGUGUAAAGAGAUCAAGUCACGCCAGAAACCAGAUAAAGGUCUUUGUAAACAAGACAGCAUGCCCAUCCUUCCAAGCUGGAAGAAAAACAGCACAACAAAGAAUCUGAAACUGACAGCAUCACCCUGUUCAAAACCACAGACUGUUCUCUGGGACACAGCAAUCUGACAAAGUCCUCUGUGAAGCAUGCUUCCCCCAAGGUUUUGACCUCUAACCCCUACAGGUUCCCUCCAAGAGUAAAUUCCUCAAUGACUGUUGUUCGACCUUUGACGUCCACAUCGGUCUGCCCACCAGAACCCUUCAGUUCUGUCGACUCAAAAGAUUCAGUUGCCUUGAGGAGACCAUGGUUCACUGUGACUGAAGCCAACAUGUCACAUGACAGAGGCCGAGCCAAUUACCAUGCUGAUCAUCCAUGGCAGUGACCUAGGUUCUAGCUGCCUUAUAGAAGCACUCGUGUGAAAUAAUAUUUAAAAGUAAUAUUGCUAUAACAAUAAAUAGUUAAACAGCUGUGCUGUUAUGUGAAUGGAUUUUAAUAUAAUUAAUUUUAUUGUCAGCUUUUAAGAAAUUGUAAUGAAUCAGAGGCAGGCAUGAGAGGAGGUGGUUAGUAGAGGAAGCUUGAUUCUUGGCCACCAAAGGGGAAUCUCUCCUCUGUGCACUAUGUGUAACAAAACCAUAGGCCUCUUCUCUAACAAGAGAUUUGCAAUGGUGCUGCACGGUGAGCACAUAUGGGAUAUUCUCUGCCUGUGCUAAAUAUUUUUGUUCUAUGAGCAUUUUUUUAAUCCUACGUCACAAAUGAAGGGAACCAAUGGUGACUCAGUUUGCAGGAGAAUGCAGAUAUCCACCUCUUUAGUUGCCGAUAAGUUUCAGCAGGAUAUCAUCCUGCCCUGCAGAGUUCUCGUAAUGAGAAUGACAGUUGCUUUCCUAUGCAAACAGCAGUAGAGUUUGGUACGUUUUCCCAUUUCCUACUGCACAGCCCUGCUCUCUCCGGUCUGCACUAAUUGAUGAUGAGUUUUUAAAAAGGAAAAAUUAUCAAAUGCUCCAAGCACUAGGGUGAAUUUUUUUAACGCUGAACCAUUGGGUUUCGGUUUGAUUUUUGUAUACGACUCAACAAUGAAGCCUAGGAGAGAUUUUCCUUUUCUGUGCCCAAGAUCAGCUGGGAUGCUGGGACGUUAGGUCAGGAUGCAUACCUAUAAUGGGGCCCAUCUGAUUUAGCCACUUAAAUGAAGGAAGUUUGGACUGAUCCUUUCCCAGGUGUGGUUUUUUGUUCCAGCUGGUUUGUCAGGCUUGGGCACAUUAGCAUGGUCAGUGCGAGCUCUGGAAAAUCUCCCCUACCUUGAUCAGAAUCUGUGCAAUGUAAUCUCAGUGGAGGCUGUUUGUUCAAAACCUGUUGAAAAGUAAACAGGAGGAAUUGAAGGCUUUCAAAUAUUUUUUACUGAAGUGUAUUGACCUAUGAUAUAUCUAUAUAAAUAUAUAUAUAUAUAUAUAUAUAAUUAUGAUGUUAUUGUCUCGUAUCCACUUUUCUUGAAUUUUAAUAGUAUAAUUGAAUAUAGUGUGAACUUUAUAGUAUUUUUGUGUAAAGCGCACUGUGAAUGAAAAAAAAGAAAAAAAAGCACAGUCAAGACACACCUGAAGGUUAUCACAGUCAGUGCAUGCAUCUCUAAAGAGACCAUAGUGCAUAAGUCGAUCAUAGUGCAUGGACUCAACAAAACCCAUAAACCUGGCACCAGUCAAGAUACAUACAUCCAACAACAGUCAAACUGCAGAUUGUCAAAUCAUACUAUACAGACCCGUUUCUACCCAUCAUCACUCAUAGUGCCUUUAUCCAACAUUAGAGUCUACACACCCCAUAAUGAUCUUGGUGCGAAUGUCUAGCAUUGUCCAUAGUCUGUAGAGACAGCAACGAUCAGAUCAAGAACCAAUACAAGUAAUAGACCCUAGCACUGACCACAGUCACAGUAUGAGCCCAACACCAAUCAGUGAUCACAUACCCAGCCCCUUUAAUCAAUACCAAUAUUUGCAUCCCAACCUCAUCAGUCAAAUGCACACAUUCCUGUACUGAUCAUCAUUAGUGCUCACAUUGAAUCUGUGUAUAUCCUAAAACCUUGAAAUGAGUCAUUCUAUGUACCCUGACUUGUUCCAAAAUUAAUUCCCACACUUCAUUUCUGCUAGAGCCACUACAAACAACCCCAAUUUCAUGAGUGUAUGUAUCCUAAUUUUGAUCAGUUCAAUUUCAUAAUCCCAACAUCUAUCAGAGCCAGAGUAAGCACACUGGGAUCACAGCCAGAGCAAACUUAAAUAUUAUUACAGGUACUUAAUGCAUUCCAAAAAUGGAUUUCACUGAAAUUUCAUUCCUCUGUACAUUUAUCCCAACAGCAAUCACCUUUGGGUCAUGUACUUCAACACCUAUCACAGCUAGAGCAAAUAUGCCAAAUGGAUUAAAAAUGGUGGGUUACAACAAUAAGUGCAUGCCCUUGUUUCCGUGGCCACAGCAAAACCCAUAUAUCACCCACAGGCAGAGCUAAAGUACACUGCUGAGUAACUCACCUACUGUUUACACCAACACACAGGGCAGUUACAACACACGCAGAUGAAUGCACUGCUAGGUUUGCACGCAAACACACACACAUUCACACAGAUCAUGUAUUCUAGUCAUUUUAAAUACCAUUGUAUUAGUUUUUAUUUUUGUUCAAAAUAGUCAUUUUAGACAACUUCAAUGAAAACGGUGUUUGAAAGGAAAUACCUAUUCUAAUAAUUUGAUCAUUUGUACUUUUGCAAAUUCUUGGAUAAAAAUUGCAGAGAAUCCUUCCAUGGCCUAUGAAUUAUUGUGAACGAAAAUGAGUUUCAGUGGUGCAACAUGUUCAUUCCAGCUCAACUGUUCACAAAUAAACCUUAAAGCAUUGAAUGUCCUUUCUAAUCCACAGUGGUUUUCAUCACAAUGUUAAUAACAAAUAUCUUGUGAACUUAUAGAACGGACGGAUAUGUGUGCAUUGACUUGCUGCCUCCCCAUAAUAA